ACUAGCACGGCUACAUUACAAGGCGAUAGCUGGGGAAGAAGAUAGCAACUGGUAUAACUAGACGUUGGAUUAAAACAAAGAAGCGAAGAAAUGGAAUAAUAAAGUCUUGUGGUAUCGUAAAUUUAUGUGAAUAGAGUCUGUCGAUCUUCCAUCGUCGAUUAGUUGUACGUUUUGACUCUUCAAAUUACGUUAUAUUCAAAAUGCGACUUACAGUCUGUUAGCUGCAACUGAUAGAAUACUGAGUCGAUGCAUGCAGUUGGAACGUACGUUGUAUGAUAUUAAUUGUGACGUUUACUUCUUAUUGUCGGUAUUAUUUAGGCAAAGUAACUGAUGAGGUAUGAUAAAUUGACAAGCUUCUAAUACACGUAUCCUAUAAACAACCUGACAAAACGUUGUCGGCUACAUUGGGAGCUAGCAUUACUCUACGACGACUGUUUUUAACUUAGCCAGCUAGCUAGCAUAUUAGCGCGCGACCUGGCCGUGGACAUUGUUAAUAUACACUGAACAAAAGUGGAAUUAUCGAAACCUGGCUGUUGUUUGUGAGAGUGGACAUUAGUUGUAUGUGGAAACUACUUGGGCGAGGUGAAACUUCUGCUAAAAAAGGGCCUGUCAACACGGCAGUUCUUCUAGUCUGUAUUUACAACUCUGCCAGAGACCACCUAGAAAUGCAUCACCCUGAGUUGGCAGCAGAUUCAGCGAGCGCACGAAAAAUGGCGCAGGCGGCAAAUUGUCCCAGACGGGCUACCGCUAACACUGCUGGUGGAUCUUCUUCUGCGUUGACUCCAUCAUCGGGGGGUGCCAACCUGAGCAGCAACUUAAUGCCGUCAGAUGACUAUAAACCUUCAGCGCUGAUUCAGCCCCUGCCCACUGCCGCGUCCUCACUCGGGACUCCGCACCCUCCUCCCCACAGCCUGAACAUCCACUCGCAGUCCUCGCUUUUGCCCACAGGUGUGCCCUCGUCAGGAGCACAGAUAAAAAAGAAGAGCGGCUUUCAGAUCACCAGCGUUACACCAGCGCAGAUCUCUGUCAGCACAAAUAACAGCAUUACAGAAGACACUGAGAGCUGUGAUGAUCUAGAUGAGUCCCACACAGAGGACCUGUCCUCCUCUGAGAUUUUGGAUGUGUCAUUGUCUCGGGCUAAUGAUGCGGCAGGACCUGAGAGGAGCUCUUCAGAAGACACUCUAAACAACCUACAUGAUGCAGAAACCCCAGGAGCUGUGUCCCCAAAUCAACCACCUUUACUCCCACAAGCCCACAGCACUAUGGUUAAUGGUGCAGUUCACCAUCACCAUCAUCACACCCAUCACCACCAUCAGCUUCAUCCUGCUCCCUCUGGAAGUACUCAUUCUGCUUCAUCAGCCUCAGGUGGGACACAGGCUGGGAUUCCUCUUGGAAGUGUGGUCAUGUCUGCUGUCAGCCCGACCCCUGGAGCUUUACCAAUCGUAGACCAGAAAAUGCCUUUAAAUGUGGGAGGAAUGGCGGAUAAUUCCACUGUUGGCACAGUCGGUGUUGGUCAGCCCUCGAUCGCUGCUGUUCCAGGGAUGUCUGCCGGAAUGGUGCCUGCAGCAUCGGGUGGUACAGUUAGUGUUAAACCCUUAGCAAGCAAUGUUAAUAAUUUAAAUUCCAGUGUGCCUGGUGUGGGUGGCAUAAGUAUAAACAGUAGUGGUGUAGCUCUUCCCACUGGCUUGAAUAAUACCAAUAACCAAAAUGUAAACUUAAUGCGUCAGCAAAGCAGCAGCAUAAGUAGUGCUAUCACUGUAAAUACUGGCACUACAACUUCUGCCAUUAUUGGGUCCUCAGGUGGCACUCAUGUGGGAACAACUGACAUAACUCAACCUUCUUCUGCUGCCCCAGUCUCAAAUGCUCAGCAGGCCCCAGUGCCUGCUCCUCAUACCACCAGCUCACGUUUCCGAGUAGUUAAAUUGGACUCUACUUCAGAGCCAUUCAAGAAAGGCAGAUGGACAUGUACAGAAUAUUAUGACAAAGAAGGUUCUGGUUCCUCUGAAAAUGCACCUGGCACCAGAACAGUGGAAAGUAUCCGCCAAUUUGUACCUGACAGUUUAGAGAGAGAGAUUGUUAGUGUCAGCUCUGCAAAUAGCUCAGUCAGCACUUUAAGCCACUACUCUGAAGGUGUAGCCAGUGGGGAUGUUGUCGGCUCUUCAGGUGUUCAGCAGAGCUUUCCUCCACCUGCUCACAUGCAAGAGUACUCCAUGGCUGCAAAUGUCUCCAAGCCUCAGAUGCAUCCACACAAGGUGGUAAACUCUGCCAACCCAGUGCCAGGUAGCAGUCAGCAGCAGGCUCCAGUCAACAUUGGAGGCUUGCAGACAACAACUGGCCAUUCAUCGCCUGCCGUGCCCCCACAGCAACUGACGUAUACUCAGACAGCACAGCUGCAGCAGCAGAUGGCCUACCCUUCUGCUCCACAGUCAGUUGCAGCAGCCCAGGUAGCCCCAGUUCACGUCACCUCACUAAGCCAAGGAGGUAGUCGGCCAUCUGACUUUACCCAGUCGCCGCAGAUAAUCCAGGUUGCAGCUUCAGGAUCGGCACAAGCCCUGCCCCACCUGUCAACUUCCAUGACAUCUGUGACCUUAACUGGCAAUGGCCAGGUGAUGCCAGGCUCUCAGCCACCAGUGGGGAACAUACCUGCCUCUGUGGCUCAGUCAGUUCCUCAAGGUAUCCUGCAGCCCCAGCAGACCCCGCACAUGGUCCAAGCCCCAGCUGGUGGUGUCAUGCCACAGGUGGCACAGUCCACAGGCCCUGGAGUUGUACAGCAGCCUGCAAAAGGGCCUCUAGUCCCAACACAGCUCUCUGUGGAGCAGCAAACACCUCUCAGCAGCCAAGGCAUAGGAGCUCAGUUUGUUCCUGUAACUUCAAGUUUGCCCACAUCUAAUGUGCCUCUCAGCAUCCAAAGCGACCCUCAGGCCAGUUUGAUCCAGAAUGGCUCCAAGGAUGGUGGAACUGCUGUCAAUGCCCUUUAUGCCACCUUACCCACUUUGGUGGCCACACAGCUCGAAGAUGCUCAACGACUUCUAAGUCAGCACCAGUCCCUGCUUACACUUCCCAAGCUAGCAAGUGGUGAAUGUGUCUCACAAAUCGGCACUGCUGUAGCUUCUGAGGAGAGUGGUGGAGUCAGUGCCUUAACUGCCUCAGCCAGUCUGCUGAAGAACUUGCCUGUGGAUGGAGAAGAUGAUGGUUCUUCGGGUGCCAGUGUUGUGGCCAUAGACAACAAAAUCGAACAAGCAAUGGAUCUAGUGAAGAGUCACUUGAUGUAUGCUGUUCGAGAGGAAGUGGAGGUGCUGAAAGAGCAGAUUAAAGAACUGAUUGAGAGAAACUCUCAGCUGGAGCAGGAAAACAACCUGCUGAAGAAUUUAGCCAGCCCGGAGCAGUUGGCUCAGUUUCAGGCCCAAGUUCAGAGUGGGUCUCCACCAUCGUCCACCCAGGGAGCACAGCAACCAACACUGACGGUGCAGCAGCUCCCUACACAGAACUCUGGACCCUCAGUGUAACAACCAAGUUACCAGCGGAGAGAGAGGAAUGAGUGGUCACCUGAGCUAAGGCAGACUUCACUUAUAGAACACGUAUGCCUCUUUCACAGAGGAUUAUGUCAAAGUUUGCACAUAUUUAAAGUCUAAGAACCUGACAAAGGCUACACUGCAUUGCUGUACACACUGCUGACAGUCCAGUAGGUUGCUGACAUGUUGGAUAUUGCCAAACUCCAUGAAUUGUGACCGUUGGGAGAAAGAAAAUUCGAAGUGGACACAACUCAAUCACUGUGCCUGUGUCUAAAGGAUUUUAAGCGAUGUCAUUUUUCAGUGGUAACUCUGGCUUUGUAAUGGUGUUUCCAUACCUCACUUACUUUUGUAGUGGAAAUGCUGAUCAGUCUUUUUUUAAGACUCCAAAAAGCAAGCACUUUAAAGAUGACAAAUGUGAAAAUUCUUUGUAGAACAACUAAUCAGUGCACCAUUAAGUGGAAGAUGUAUGAGAUGGUGUCUCAAUUAUUUGCAUUAGGGUCAUCAUUAUAACUGGGUGAAUGAAGCGAGUAAAGUUGCCUAGGAUGGGGAGGUAUUGAUUUUUCAGUAUUUAACAUUGAAUUCCUUAUUCGAUCUGUUGCGACGUAAAAGCUGCUGUUUCAGUGCAGUGACUUUCAAGAUUCUGAGGAAAAUGAUGUUGACCUGAGGGAAUGGAUGGAAGAAUGAAUGUGGGCUCAUGUAUAUUCCUGUAUAUUUAGUGUAAGUAAUCUGUAAAAUAGUGAUAUUGUGAGAAACACUAAGAGACACUAUUUAGGUUGUACAAACAGACGGGGUUGUUGGUUUGCCUGAGAUAUUUGACUUUUUUAUGCUGUUAUACAAGAAUGGAGGUUUCAGUCUUGGAAUAUUUACAGACAACUACUCAACUUCCUGGCUGUGUUAACACCUACUGUAAACCUUGUUCACUUGAAGUUAUUUGAAGUAUAUUGCACCCAUGUGAUUUGUUUCUGUUUUUGACAGUGAAGUACUCUGGAGAUCAAACCUUCAACUUAGAUAUUCUGAAUAUCAUUAAUAACUAAUAUGCAUUAUUACUGCAUUAUAUAUAAGUUGUAUGCUUAUGUUGCGUGCAUGUCUCUCAAAACCGGUGAAAAGGUGUAAAAUAGUUCAAUUGCACUUCACAACUCCCAAUAAAACAUUUAAGGAAA